GACGUCCUCGUGUUCUACAUGAAGCAGCACCUCAGCUUCAAAUCCGAGCCACACCCCUUUCACACUACAUCCCUUCAGGAUAUUCACUCCCCUUAUCAGUCUUCUGCAUCUGCUUUUCAGAAAUGGGCUCCUCAUCCCCCUGUACAGCAUGCAGCUGGACCUCGGAACGUCAAGAAAACUGCCGGUACGAAAGCCACGUCAAGUUAUUCUAUGAAGCAGGCAACCGAGGUGUCUGGUCCUUGGGCUCAAACAUGAUCUUGAAAGAUCGAGGCCCCGGUGCUCCGACUCGUGAAGUAGAAAAUGCUCGGUUUGUCGAGGAAAACACAUCGAUUCCUGUUCCUACCGUUGUGCAAUCCUGGAACGAAGACGCCACCGGUCGCACCUUUAUCCUACUGAAGCGCGUGCCGGGCGAACCUCUCAGCGCAGCUUGGCCGAAGCUCUCCGCGGAUCAAAAAGACAACAUAGCAAGGCAAACUGCUCAGUAUCUACAGCAACUUCGCAGCCUUCAGUCCAACUGUCUGCAGGCUCUCAAUGGCGGUCCAAUUUACUCUAAUUUCCUUUUUCCCAACAGAACCUCCGACGUUCCUCAUGGUCCCCUUGCAUCUGAUGAGGAUCUGUGGCUUGAUAUGGAGCGCAGUUUACAGCAUAUUCCCGAGGCCUCGCGCGUUCGGCUUCGCAGCCGUAUGCCACCUGCUACUCCUUAUACCUUUACACACAAUGACCUGAUAAAUGUAAAUAUCAUGGUCGAUAACGGCCGUCUUACUGGGAUCAUUGACUGGGAGUGGUCGGGAUACUUCCCUGUAUGGUGUGGAGAGGAUAGAGAGUGGAAGGCUUUGUUGAGAAAGCAUAUGCCUGACUACAGUGCGGCACGCGAAUUCUGGAGAGAUUAUUGGUAUCUUUGUAUCGAUCCAAGUUCUGAAAAGGCUCUCAAAUUCCUGAAGGAAGCAGAAAGCGAGGACAUGUAA